AAAGAGGUAAAAUAGAAGUUUGGUUAUUGUGUAGUGGUUGCUGUGAGUGUAUUGAGGUUGAAGUUAGAGUAGAAAAAGAAGUAUUAUGGGAAGAAUUAAAGAGAUCAAGUUCAUCAAUCUCUUUAG